ACAAUUUUUUUAAAAAAGACAAAUCCAUACUCUCGUCUUUCUCCUCUCAUCCGAGCUCAAAGAUCUUUGUUUCUUCCUUAUUGAAUUUCUUUUCUCGUUCUUAACCCCCCAAAUUUCAUAGCCGUUAAUAAUCUUCCUCAUUCAAAUUUCAAAGGUUUCUUCCGAAAAUUCUCAAUUCUUCUUCCUUCAAUACUAUUUAAGUCUCUUCAGGAAUAGUCAUGAUUGUUAGAACAUACGGUAGACGAAAAAUCGGAAGAACUUUCUCAAAUUCAUCAUUCAACGACAGCGAAUUUUUAAUCGAAGAUUAUGAAAAAAAAGAUGAAGAUCCAUUUGCUUUCAGUGAACCAACAAAUUCAACAGCUUCUACUUCAUAUUCUCUUUCGCAAUUCAAAGAGCAACGAGAAAUAGGCAAUUUUUCGUUUUCAUCUCAAGAUUCAAGUCGCUGGGUUAACUCGGAGAGUGAAAAUGAUACCAAUAGCAAUUAUAAAUCUUCCUUGUCGUCGCUGUCUUUGCAGUUGUUGGCGCCGAAGAAGAAAGCAAGGAAGUUAAAUAAUGGGAGGAGAGAGAAAAAGAGAGAAAAGAAGUUAGGGUUAAUGGAGACUACUUCAUUAAUGGAGACGCAAGAGUAUGGAGAAAUGAUGGAGUGUAUUGACGAAGUAGAGUUUGCUCUUGAUGGGUUGAAAGGAGGGAAAGGAAUUAGGGUUAGAAGAUCGAGUUUGUUGAGUUUGUUGAAUGUAUGUGGAAUUCCUCAACAACGUCGGCUUCUUAAAGCUCAGGGCAUGACAAAGGCGAUUGUUGAUGCCUUCUUAAAUUUGAGCCUUGAUGAUCCUCCUAGUAAUUUGGCUGCUGCCACUUUGUUUUACAUUUUAACAAGUGAUGGUCAGGACAGUUACCUUUUGGAUUCAUUUUCAUCCAUUCGGUUCCUGCUAAAGCUGUUAAAACCAAUAGUUGCUGACACUGCUUCUGACAAUUAUAAAGCACCUAGCAUCAGCCAGAAACUUCUUGCACUUCGGAAGGAUAUGCUUUUGUCGCUGGAUUUGAGAAAGAGGGCAGAUUCAAGCGCCAUUAAUAUAGCUCAAAAAGUUCUAGAAACUCUUGUUACUUGCAAGGAUCUUAAGGCUAGCAAUAUAGAGGAUGAUGACAUAUUAAGGCCGGAGUUGAAUGCAAAUUGGAUAUCUUUGUUGACUAUGGAAAAAGCUUGCUUAUCAACAAUUGCUAUAGAAGACGCCUCUGGCACAGUAAGGAGAACUGGUGGCAACUUCAAGGAAAAACUACGAGAGCUGGGUGGACUUGAUGCAGUUUUUGAGCUUACAAUAAACUUUCAUUCCACAUUGGAGGGUUCAGUUGAGCCUGUCAGACCUUCAUCGAGUAAUUCAAAAGAUGGCAAGCUACAAUGUCUGCCACUGCUUUUGAAGUGCUUCAAGAUUUUGGAGAAUGCGACUUUCUUAAGCGAGGAAAAUCAAAAUCAUUUGCUUGGACUGAAAGGUAACUUGGCUGCUGGUCAAGGUUCUUCGUUAUCCUUUGUGAAACUCAUGACCAGUCUUAUCAAGAUUCUCUCAGAACUCUCACUAAGGAAAACGACCCAUACAAAUUCAAGUCAGGAAAUUGCGGCAAAAUUUGUUUACGAGAUGGAUUGUUGUCCUGCAAUACUUUUGAAUGCAGGACAGAGAGUGCACAGCAAUAGGGUUUCAUCCAUGCAUUCCUCUCAAGAAUGUAGUAGCUCAGGAAGAUACUUGUCAGAUUCAGAUUUAAGGAUAUCCCAGAGCAGCCAGCGGUUGUCUAGCUCCCAGUCCGGAUCAUUAUCAUCAAAUUUGAGUGCCACGACAAAGUUUGGAGUGGGGAGUUGUUUGUUAGAGAAAGCAGCCAGCAUAUCUGCCAUUAAAAAUUCAAUUAAAGGAGCACCUGUAAAUGGUCAUAUCUCAAAAACAACGCUGGCUCUUUCUAAGAGCCCAUAUGAUGAUGACAACGACAUGUUUAUUGACCUAGAUGACAGUCAAGAUCCUUUUGCUUUUGAUGAAGAUGAUUAUGCAUCCUCUAGAUGGGAAUCACAUCCUGGGAGACAGAGAGUACAGCACAACCAAAACAUAAGGCCAACGUUUUCAGAUGCUGAGGAUGAAUGUUUAAUGCUUCCUAUGUUGAGCCAGGAAGGCUCUGCUUCUCAGCCAAUGUUGCACCAGGAAGAUUUUGGCAGUGAGGAACAAACCGAAAGGAAUCAUAUUCUAAGUGAUAUCUCAUGUACAACUAUUGACGAAGAAAGCUUCAGCCUUGUUUCUGAAUGCCUGCUGACUGCCAUCAAGGUGCUCAUGAACCUGACUAAUGAUAAUGAUGUUGGCUGCCAGAAAAUUGCUAAUUGUGGUGGGCUUGAAUUGCUCUCUUGUUUGAUAGCAAGGCACUUCCCUUUAUUCAGUCUUUUAACUUCUGGCAAGAUAAAAGGGAAUACCUUGUUUAUUGGUAAUGCGUUGGGACUAGAAAGCCAGAAAGAUAUACAUCUCAAUGACCAGGAGUUGCUUGUCACAAUUCUAGGCUUGCUAGUUAAUAUGGUGGAGAAUGAUGGUGAUAACAGAUCACGGCUUGCAGCUGCUGAGGUUCCGUUACACAACUCAGGCUACUUGCAAGAAAAUCACACUGGUGUGUUAUCACUGUUAUGCUCCGUCUUUUUAGCUAACAGAGGAGCUGGGGAGGCUACUGAAGAAGACUUUCAGUCUUUGGACAAUGAAAAUUUGGUCUUGCAAAGGGAAAAAGAAGCCGAGAAAAUGAUUGUAGAAGCGUAUGCUGCUCUGCUUCUGGCGUUUCUCUCCACUGAAAGCAAAAGUGUACGCAGUGCGAUUGCAAAUUUACUCCCUGAUCGCAGCUUGAGAGUUCUUGUCCCUGUAAUGGAGCGAUUUGUGACGUUUCAUCUGACGUUUAACAUGAUCUCACCCGAGACCCAUAGAACUGUGAGCGAAGUAAUUGAAUCAUGUAGGCUUCCGUAAACGAGCAGGAAAACAGUACGCCUGUGUACAGGUUUGCCAGCUUUAAUUGGUUGAUCAUAUCUUUUAAACUCGGUUUAAGUUGGUGAUCAAUGCUUGUGCUCUCGGGAUCCUGUGGGGAAGAUUAAAAGCAAAAGUAGCGUAUAAGAAAUCUGGAUGAUGGAUUGUGUCAACUGAGGGUUUAAAGUUCUUUUACCACACUGGUAGUCUUAGUUUCCUUGUAUUAAGGAUGAGAAUAGCUUAUAGUGUAUUCAGAGAUGACAGGAAUGUCUGUCAUCAAAGUUGUAAUGUAUGAAUUUUCAUCUCUUGAUUAGUAGUUGGUCUCUAUGAUUUUAGAGAUGAAAUAACGAUUCAUGAUCAGGGUUUGUUCUCUUCGACUUAUUGUUAUUCUUACUAUUAGUAUUUCUUAUUGAUAUUAGCUUAAUAGUAUUAUGACA